AUAACAGCAGGUGUUAAAUUGCAUUUUCGAAAACUGUAGAUUAAUAAAUACUUUAGCUUUUAUUUGCCUCCAGUUGUUAUAAGUUUUGUAAUCCCUAUGAAGUAUGUUUGUCAAAGUUCUUUUCUUUUCAGUUUAUCACGGAUUUAAAAACUGAUAUGGAGUUCACUGACACUACUCUAACUAUCAACACUUACUGUCACAACAUACUGAAUUACUACGAGAAAACACUGUUUGCCUUCCGUCGUCGCUCCGUAGAAUUGCACAGAGGGAAUAGAAUAUUUUUGUCAUCGAAUUAAACUUGAGGUAUUUAUGACAUUCGAUUCUCCAAUUGGAAAAUGAAGGAAGGAGGAACGAUUGCGCCGAAUUUUCACUUGAGAGUGAGCUUAAUGAUUAUCUACUUCCUGGGCACAUGGCCGCCAGUGGGCAAAUUCCGAUUACCGUAUCUGUUUUACACCGCUUGUAGCUUUACCUUCAUCCUAGGUAUCUUGCUCAGCGCUGAAAUAGCAAAUGUUCUCGCACACUGGGGAGAUAUGUCGAGACUCGUCGCGGUGGCGACUUUGUUGAUGACAAAUUGCACCCACGCUUCGAAGGUGGUCGUUCUUCUUCGUCGUCAACCACGGAUUCAGGCGCUCCUGGACACAGCCAACAGUCCAGCAUUCAGUCGCUACGACGAGGAAUAUAAGGAUCUACUCAUAAGCUACGCAUGGAAGGGCAUCUUUCAUCACGCGGUUUAUCAGAGCUUUGGCGGAAUAGCGGUGUUCUGCUGGGGUUUUACUCCGAUCGCCGAUCUGGUCGCUGGUCGUUCGCGCCGGCUGCCCAUGGAGGGAUGGUAUCCUUACAACACGACAGUAACGCCGGCCUUCGAGAUCACUGCGGCGCAUCAGGGUAUCGCUAUCAUAAUCGCUUGCUUUCACAACGUGGCGAUGGAUACCCUGAUGACAGGCUUGGUCGCGGUCGCCUGUUCCCAGCUGGCGAUCCUAGAGCGCAAAAUUAUCUCGAUUGAUAACGAGGAAAGCAUCCGCGAGGUGCGGAAUGACAAGGGCAAAUCACUUGCGGUUGAAAGGAGAGUCUUGUCUUAUCGACUACUCAAGCGUUGCGCUGUUCACAAUAAUAUGAUAUUUCAUUUCACGAACGAGAUCCAGGACAUCUUUGGUACCGUCAUUUUCUUCCAAUUCCUUUCGAACUGCAUAAUUAUUUGUUUGAUCGCCUUCAAAGUGUCACAGAUGAAAGUUUAUAUCCCGGCGGUGCUGGUCGGCAUGCUGACGUACAUGUGUUGCAUGACGUAUCAAAUAUUCAUCUUCUGCUGGCACGGUAAUGAAUUGUAUCUGCAUAGUAUGCGCCUAGUCACAGCCGCGUACUCGAGCAAUUGGUUCUCCAGCACCGAAGGAUUCAAACGCGGCCUUCAAAUCGUGAUGGCAAGGGCUCACCGACCGCUCACUUUGAGCGCCGGCAAGGUCAUGUUAUUAUCUUUAGACACUUUCGUGCAGGUUCGUACAUUUCUAUCAGACGUUUUGUCUCAAAAUAAAACUCACUCAAAUAUACUUUAAAGAUCUAAAUUUUAUAUUUCUUUUUGUAGCAGUAAAGCACAAUCGCAUUUAAUUUUCAGUUGUGCAAAUCAAAAGCUGUGGUCUUGAUAUUGAAACAAUUCGCCUAUCUUUUUAUUUUGAAUGAUCUUAAAUAAUACCUAUAAAAAUCAUCUAAAUAUGUCAGUGGCUCUAAAACUAAACUAUCUUAAAUUAAAACAGAAUCCUAGAACGUUUGAAUGAAGCUAAUAGCUUCCGUGUAUUUCAGAUAAUGCGGACGUCCUAUUCAAUUUUUACAGUACUUCAAGGUUCGGCUGUUUAAUGAUAAAAUCGUCGAUAAUAUCGAAUAAUACCGGAUAACUUUGUAGCUAUAUUUUCUUUACAAAGAGCAGUGAGUUAAUUAUAAAUGUUCUCUUCAACAAUGUAUUAUGUGUACAAGUGUAUAUAAAGGUUUUAUGUAUAAAAAUAUUUGUCAUGAUUUUCUUUGUAUGGCCAGGAAAUAGAUUAAUACUUGUUUGUUUAGCGCGUUCUUAAGUCAUGCUCUAGUCACUUUUAUCAUUUCACGUUAGUUCUACUUGUAUAAGUAGCUUUUCUCGUAACAACUUGUCUCUAAUCAAAAUUGCCAGUUGUGUCGAUUAUCAAUUUUCCUACACUGUUAAUUACAAAUGUUUUAGUUUUAUUUAACAAUGCAUUAUUACGUACACAAAAGUAUAUACAAACUUUUUGCAUAUAAAAA